UUAAAAAAACAAAACUGGAAAAAGUUCAACACAGAUAAGUUGUUAUCUGGCCAUAUUGGUUUAAUUUGAUUAGUGUCUUUGUAGGCCUACAUACACGUUUUGAAGUGCUUUCUGGCAUAUAUAUCAUAUACUAAGCUUACUAGAUAGAGCGCUACACAUUGUGAAGCGGAGGUUUAUUUCAUGUGUGGAAAACAAAGAUAGAAAACAAAGAUAGUAUCUAUUCUGGAAUAUUUCUAUCAAAGAAAGAUUGUUUCGAGUGAAUUAUUUAAUUUGCUGUUGUAGCAGUGGAAUGUCUGGCGGAUAGCAAGAUUUACGGUCAGGUAGCAUUGAUUGUGGUUGAUUGAAGAUGUCAUUUGUAAGGGACAGAUUUACCAGAAUAGUGCGUGGUCGCGCCAACACCCGAGUUGGGGUCCAGUACACGAGCCAAGUUGGCUCAUAUGAGGGCUUCCUCAGUUUUAUCAACUCCCAGAACAAGGAGGAUGCUGAAAAAGUGACCUCCAUCAAGGUGGAGUUAUUUACCUUAUCUCUUUUGACUGGAGAGUCGCUUCAGCUACCUGUGAACAUCGGUCGAUUUGUCAAUCUCUAUUCUUUCACUAUUUCUGGUUGCGGGCUGACCAGUUUACCAUGGUCAAUCAUUUAUCUCAAGUCUCUGGUCAAUUUGGACUUAUCAUACAACAGACUGAUGACCCUGCCUAAUUACUUUGGCAGCUUGUCCAGCCUGGAACAUUUAAACUUGGAAGGCAAUAAACUGAUCGUCUUGCCCACCUCUCUGAUAGAACUGACCAACCUAAAAACAUUGAACCUUGCUAAGAAUGAUAAUUUGAUGGGGCCGUCCUACAGCGUUUGCAUGCAGGGCAUAGAAGCCGUGAUGAAAAACCUGUCCAUGAGAAGCUCCAGAAAGAACAUGUGGGCCAACUCCAAGAUGUUCUACGAUGCCACAGACUCCGCGGCCAACGGAGGCGAAGAAAUACCAACGCUGGUGACGCUCUGCAUCAACAUCAUCCAUCAGUCUGGGCAGGACUUCAUGCUCCCUGCGCUAGUUCCCUCGGAUUUGAACCAGAUUCUCCAGGAGAAGCUCGAAGAGAAGAGGAAAUCGCUGAGUGUGGCGAAGUGCAGCACCUGCCACGCUUUCUUCUCUAAUGCCACCGCCUUUGAGAGUCACGUGUGCAAAGAGGCAAGGCAGCAGUCAGUGGAUCAUUGUGAUUACAUUGUGGCUAGAUAGCUUGGAUACAUUCUUUGGAACAUUUAAACAGGAUUAUAGACAUAAGUAUUUGCAUUCGUAUGACAAUAAAGCCCCUAUAACGGCAAUGCUUUGGAUAUAAGUAUGAAGAUCUUACCAACUCUUUCUCGGCAAAGAAUUUUUUUUUUUCAUUUAUUAUGAUGGAUACAUUCGUUGUUCUAAAAAAAAACAAUUGUCAUGGUGUCAAAAGAUUUAAUGUAAUCUCAAUGUGAUGCUACAGUGUAGACAAUUGUCUUUGACUGAAUCAUUAAGUUAAUUAGCAGGUAAAUACAAUUAAAAUAUAAUAAAUUCAAAAAAUUUGAAAAAAAAGCCUAUAUAAGCUAUUUGAUGGAUUGUAUAUCUCUUGCUAGAUUUUUUUAUAUUUUACUCAGUGGAGUGUGACAUUUAUUAGUAGACUAUAAUUAUACUUCACUUAAUGGAUUGUAAAAGUAUUGGUGGAUUGGAAUGGUGUUGGUGGAUUGUAAUAGCAAUCACUGGACAUGAUUUUAUUUGUGAAUUGUGAUACUAAUAAAGAAUUUUAAAGUCUUUUGGUAGUUUGUAGUUUUUAUACUAAGUGGACUGUGAAAUUACUAAGUGGACUGUGAAAUUACUAAGUGGACUGUGAAAUUACUAAGUGGAUUGUAAUAUCAUUUGCUUAAUUCUCAACAACGAACAGUCAUUUGGACAAAACAGUCAUUUGGACAGAACAGUCAUUUCGACAAAACAGUCAUUUGGACAAAACAGUCAUUUGGACAAAACAGUCAUUUGGACAAAACAGUCAUUUGGACAAAACAGUCAUUUGGACAAAACAGUCUUUUGGACAAAACAGUCAUUUGGACAGAACAGUCAUUUGGACAAAACAGUCAUUUGGACAGAACAGUCAUUUGGACAAAACAGUCAUUUGGACAGAACAGUCAUUUGGACAAAACAGUCAUUUGGACAAAACAGUCAUUUGGACAGAACAGUCAUUUGGACAAAACAGUCAUUUGGACAGAACAGUCAUUUGAACAAAACAGUCAUUUGGACAAAACAGUCAUUUGAACAAAAAAAGUCAAUUGGUUAGAACAUUAAUUUGGACAGAUUUACAUUUUUAAUGUUCAGUCUAAGAAGUUCAAUCUUUAAAGAUUGUAUUUUAAUGAUUGAUGAACCUGAAGUGACUAGUCAAUGCAUUGAAUUAUUUGUUUUAAAUACAAUUCAUGACUAUGAAAAUGCAUGCAAAUUUAACAAGUAAUAUCCUUUAAUCUUCAUUUACAAAUAAUUUAAAAUGCAAUCUUACCGUAUUUACGUCAGAUUCAGUUGUACGAAAAUGUUUCUGGUCUAAAUAACAUUCAGUUACACAAUUCAUAAAGCUACAUUUGUAAUGUUUGUAGGCCUACAUGUUUUGUUAUUGUUAUUAUUUCUGUGUCCUAUUGAUUUGGUUGACAUUUUGAUGUUAUUUGUAUUAUCAAUGUUUGUUAUUUCUUUGUCGUCUGCUACAGUUGUUAACCAAAUAUACAUUCUUCAUUGGUUGAAUGUGUUAAAUAAACUGGAGUCCAAUAAUGUACA